AUGCAUCAUCAGGCAAUGUGGAAGCCAGCAUGGUUAGAGGCCCUCAGCACAGAGAAGUUCUUCGUGGCAUGCCCCUUCCAUGAGCACGCCAAGAAGAACGAGAAGAACAUAUGCUGCCUUGACUGCUGCACCAGCAUCUGCCCACACUGUGUGUCGACACACCGGGUACACCGGCUCCUGCAGGUCCGGCGAUAUGUCUACCAUGACGUCGUUCGGCUGGAGGACCUUGAGAAGCUUAUUGACUGUUCCGGUGUUCAGUCAUACACGAUUAACAGCUCUAAGGUCGUUUUCCUGAAGAAGAGACCACAGAAUAGGCAAUUUAAGGGGUCAGGGAAUAUUUGCACCUCCUGCGACAGGAGCCUUCAAGAGCCCUAUUUCUACUGCUCUCUGGAUUGCAAGGUUGAGUACAUAUUACGGAAGAAGAAAGACUUGUCAGCAUACCUGCGUCCAUGCAAGACCUUGCAGCUUGGUCCUGACUUCUUCAUUCCUCAUGACGCUGAUGAUGAGACAACCCAAUCAACACUUGUUGAUGCUGAUGAGCCUAUGGGAUCAUCAGACUCCGAUAAUUUGAGCAUACCAUACACAAAUUUUGUCCGGAAGAAGCGCAGCGGACCAUAUAUCUGUGCACGAUCUGCAAGCCGGGUCUCUGACGAUGACAUGGCCACAAACAUGAGCAGAAGGAAAGGGGUGCCUCAACGAUCACCUUUGUGCUAA